AUCUCUGUAGCCUGUGUUAAGCCUGACAGCUAGCUCUGUCCAGUUUAUUGUUGUUGCUGAUGUGUGCGCCCCAGUUUAUGAGGCAGUGACGAGCAGUGUGAUCAGAAAUAAUGUGUGAACUUCCGAGGCAGACGGAAAGAUCAAGUUUGUGUGCUUUCAAAAGGAGAUUGUCCCUUGGCUUUGGCAGUGCCCUGUGCUGGAGGAGCAAUCUCGAAUUCCCAAAUCAGGGCAAGUCAAUCAGUCCAGUACGUUCAGAAAACGGAAAGCAUAUGGGAAUGUGAAAAAUCCCUCCGUCAGAAAAUAGCUUCUUCACAUUGCAAUUGGAGGUAACUGAAAGAUGAGAAAUUGCCGACCUCAUGAACAAGUUUCAGAGUGCUAUGGUGCUGACAUUUGUCUGCAUUGUUGCUUGUUUUGAUGGCCUGAAGAUGGAUUGGAUGUUGUGUCUGACUGGGACACAUACAGUUUGCAAUUUGACAAACCGCUGGGCUGUCACUCUGGGCAGCUGUGUGUAAACAGAAAUCAAAGAGUCUCGCCAGACACAGCCAGGAGAGGGAGAACAAGCAGUGACAACUCCUGGUCUCUCACAGUGUGUGUGGAUACUGUAAUGUAGAUACUACUUACCUCAAACUAAACGCUUUGCUUGAGAUUUUUUUCCCAGGACAAACUCAGAGAGAGAGUGAGAGAGAGAGGAGAUUGUGCACAUCAUGCAAAUGGAAGUGUUGGAGAGCCCAAAGCCUGUGAGGGGGAGAUACCAAAGGACGUUGCUGAAAGGGACCCUCCUGGUGUUUGUAGCAGCAACCCUGGUUCUGUGCAUUGUGCUGGCCCUCGUUGGGAGUCGAGUGAUCAAGCUGCAAUUUGAGGAGCACUGCCUCAGCUCUGAGUGUACCGAGGCCGCUGUUCACAUCCUCAAGAAAAUCAACUGGUCAGCAGAUCCAUGUGAGAACUUCUUUGAGUUUGCCUGUGGGCAGUGGAUAAAGGAGACGCCGAUCCCCGAAGACUACUCGAGCUACGGGACGUACUCGUGGGUUCGGCAAAGCGUCAAUGUCAAGUUGCGAGAGCUGUUGGAAGCCCCAAUUGAUGAAGAAAAGGACAUUGAAGUGGUGCAGAAGACGAAACUUCUUUAUCAGUCAUGCAUGAACGAGAGUGCUAUUGAACUGGAGGAUGCCAGACCCUUGCUGAAGUUUCUGAAGCAGCGAUAUUUACGUUGGCCAGUGCUGGAGGCCAACAACGGGCCUGAGGGAACGUGGAGAGAGGCGGACUUUAACCUACUGAAGAUGUUAGCUUUCCUCCGUGGAAAAUUCAGCAGCAAUAUCUUCAUUCAAUUCUUUGUUGCAACUGAUGACAAAAACUCCGACGAGCACAUCUUCAAGCUGGACCAAGCAUCGGUGUUUCUACCGUCUGAGGAAGACUAUCUGACUAACAGCACUGAGGCAGAAAAGUCUCGGCACGCCCUGCUGCAGCUGAUGAUUGAUAUCGCCGUCCUCCUCGGAGCUAAUAGAACCACAGCUCAGAUUGACAUGCAAUCCGUCCUGGAGUUUGAGACCAACAUCGCAAAGAUUCUGAUUCCACACAGUAACAGGACCAGUGAGGCUCUCUACAAUAAAUUUAGUGUGCUCAAGUUACAAGAAACUGUCCCACAGUUUGAUUGGCUGCGUUAUAUGAAACUGGUCAUCGAUACCGAUCUUUACCCUGAACUUUCACACAUCAACAUGUCAGAACAGCUCAUAGUAUAUGUGCCGCAAUACUUCAAGGAUUUGUUCCAGCUGCUAGACUCAGUGGAUAACAGAACAAUUGCCAACUACGUUGUCUGGAGAAUAGUGUACCGGAGGAUCACUAACCUCAGUCAGCGCUUCCUGACCCGCCGUCUGGAAUUUCUAAAGGUGAUGACGGGGGCGACAUCGCUGUCUCCACGUUGGGACAAAUGUGUGGACUUUGUCGAGUAUGUUCUACCUGACGCCGUUGGCAGGAUGUUUGUAGAAAUACAUUUUCAGGAGGACAAGAAACAGCUGACUGAAAAUUUGGUUGCUGGUAUUCGCUGGGCAUUUGUGGACAUGCUGGAGAAAGAAAAUGACUGGAUGGAUCCAGAAACCAAGACCAAAGCUAAAGAGAAGGCACAUGGAGUUCUUGCCAAAAUAGGAUAUCCUGACUUCAUACUGAAUGAUACCAUCAUCAACGCCAACUUCAGAAAUCUGACUGUCUCUCACACCAACUACUUUGACAACGUCCUGCAGUCCCUUCACUUCUUCGCUCAGACAGGUUUCUCCUACUUAAGGAGCCGUGUUUCGAAGACAGACUGGUACACUAGUCCCACCACGGUUAAUGCCUUCUACUCUCCAACAACUAACCAGAUCCAAUUCCCAGCAGGAGAGCUUCAGAAGCCGUUUUUCUGGGGAGAAAAGUAUCCAAUGUCUAUCAGUUACGGUGCGAUCGGAGUCAUUGUUGGACAUGAGUUUUCGCACGCGUUCGAUGACAAUGGUCGAAAAUAUGACAAAAAUGGAAAUUUACAUCAGUGGUGGAGCAACGCAUCCAUUUCAAAUUUCAAUGACAAGACCGAAUGUAUGAUUAAACAGUACGAUGAUUACUACUGGCCAGUGGCUGGUUUGCAGGUAAAUGGGCAGAGGACUCUGGGAGAGAACAUUGCUGACAACGCUGGGCUACGGCAGGCUUUCAGGGCCUACAGAAAAUGGAUACGAGAGGAACGAGGAGACAAAGAGGAGCCCCUACUGCCAGGUCUACAACUCAGUAACAACCAGCUCUUCUUUUUAAGUUACGCUCAUGUUCGGUGCAAUGCUUAUCGACCAGCAGCAGCUAGGAAUAAAAUUCUGAAUGGCGCUCACAGUCCCUCCGAGUUCAGGGUCAUGGGGGCAAUGAGUAACUUUGAAGAAUUCAGCAAAGCCUAUAACUGUCCCACGCCAUCAGCUAUGAAUCGAGGAGAGAAAUCUUGUCGAGUGUGGUAGGGACUGCUCGGGGAUUUUGCAUAUAUCACACUAACUUUGGAUUCACUUACUGCUUGUUAACAUCCGAUGUAAGGAAGUGGGCACCAAGUCUGCAUUUCUGAGAAAUUCAUCAUUUUCAUUUAUUUAUAUUUACAUUGGAACCCACGUUGGCCAACCGUCAGUUCCUCACUAUUCCAGCCUCCCAUUGUUUUUUAUUAUUGCUUUCCAGGGUUUUGGAAAACAGCUGAUUUUUCAUAGCUUGAAUGCCUCAGGCCAUUUACAGGGCAUCAGUGAGCCUUUAACCACCACCCUUUGCCUUUCAACGGUGUUACCAUCAAGGAAACUACCCCCCCCCCCCCAUACUGUGAGCAUCCCGGAACAGCCUGAAAAACACAGGCUACGAGAGCAGGUCAAAGAUUGGGAAUCCUGCAACAAGUAACUCACCUCCUGCCCAUGGUACAAGUGCGGAAUGGAUUAGAGUAGUCCCUACUUGAAUUCAGCAACAAUGUCCAAGGUUGAGAAACCUACUUGACUGACACCCUUAAAAAAACAAAACUCCCUCCACCACCAGUACAAUGGCAGCAUGUGUACCAUCUACAAGAUGCACUCCAGAAAUUCACCUUCAUUGAAAUUCUUUCAACACACCUUCAGAUCUCUACCACAGCCAGAAGGACAAAGGCGGACACAGGAGAACACCACUACUUAUAAGCUCCUCUCCAGCCACAAUCCACUGUGACUUGGAAGUAUAACCAUCAUUUGUUCGCUAUCUCUGGCAAAAUCCUGGAUCUCGGUUCUUAACAGCUCUGUGGGCGUAUCAACGUCUCCUCACCCAAACUACUAAGUGGUUCAAGAAGUCAGUUCACCACUACCUUGAGGGCAAUAGGGAUAGACAAUACGUUCUGGCCCAGCCCGAGAAGCCCAUAUUCCAGGAAGAAUAAAGUCACCAGCAGUGGAUUGUGGUGCAGUUUUCCAUAUCCUGCACCGAGGGAGUAACAAGAUCCUUACAAACACUGCUAACUACAUUGAGAGGCUUCUUGUGCUGAACUGUCAGCGUUGCAAACCCUGGAAUGCAGAAAUGUGUUCCUCCUCUAGAACCUUUCCUUUUGUGUACACCGAAGAGACGCUGGGUAUUUCUCACGAGUCGGAAACAGAGAAUUAAAUUCCUUUUUAGUCUAACCCAACAACAUCCCUCCAAGUCAUCCAAUGAAUUUUUUAAAAAAGCUACAGAAUUGGAGCAGAGUUAAUGUGUUGGCUUCAGUAGGAUUUCCUUGGGACUCGCCCCAGAAUCUCUGAGACCAACAACUUGUGAAGAGCCCCAUGGUUGCCUUGGAGCUGUCUUCAAAGCUCCCAGGACUCACUGCAGCUGGUGGAUAUUUAUAUCUGAGUGGAGAAAGAGAGGCUCCAUGUGUCACCUGUUGCAAUGUAACACCCGGGAAGGGUCCAGGCCCGAAACGUCAGCUUUUGUGCUCCUGGGCCUGCUGUGUUCAUCCAGCCUCACAUUUUAUUAUCUUGGAUUCUCCAGCAUCUGCAGUUCCCAUUAUCACUCACACCCCAUUCCUCUGAAAUAUGAUCACUUUUGAGCAGAAGCUCUCUCCUGUUGUGUGGCAUGGCCUUUAAAUAGCCACCUGAUGUCUGGCUAAUGCAGGGAGGGGGGUCGUGUUCACGCCCUAGAAUGUGCCUCAUCAUGUUACACAGUCAGAUUUACUUGGCACCACCUUCUGCAUUUCUGAAACACUCUGCAGUAUUUCGUAUGGCUAGCCAAUAACCACGGACACUGAAACGGACGUCGGGAACUAACAGUUAAAUAUUUUGACCCUAAUAUUGUGCGUAUUCUCAUAGGAGGGGUGGGGGACCCUUUCAUUGUCUGCUUGACCAAAUGCAAACAGCAGGAUCAAUUUUUAUAACUCUUAAAUGAGCUGUAGAGCCUUGAUUGAUGAGCACUGACUGGGGAAACAUACAGUACUGAUAGAUCUGCCAACAACCAACAUUUUUAGACUGCUUAACGUGGCAAAAAACAGACUUAGCAAAGAGAGCAUCCAAAACCUCUCAACUAUUGCUGCUCACCAGGGUUUAUUUGGUAACUUUAUGCAGCCUGUGCAAAACCCCAUUCCUAGCAAGUGGGUCAGGGCUAAGGUGAGAACUGGUCUCCUUUUGGGCAUAAGUUCCUGCUAGGAGGGUGAGGCUGAUUAAAGAUGCUUUGAAUUGACCACUAUUCAAAAACAGCAAGUUAUGGAGUUGACAGCUAGGCCUGUUUGUGGUGGAUUCCAAAGGAAGAAAUCUUUUGUUGAAAUGUGUAAUAAAUUAACCCAAUAAUAGUAAUUGUUUAUGAAAGCCUGUCAAAAUGCCAAAGUGUUGCUUUAUUUUUCACUUUAGAUUUGUACUGGAUUAUGUAGCACGUUCAUAGAUCAAAUAAAUCAUUUCAAAGAUAUCAAAACAUCAAUUCAAUUUUCUUCAAAUGUUUAAAGGAGGACGAAUGGAUAUUGUUCUGAUCCCUAAACCUCUCUCCCUAAUAAAAAAAAAUCCAUAACACUCACUAUAGGCAGGAUUGGGCUGGCGUGUACUGCAUGCAGAAGUUGCUUAGACUAUAUGCACAUCACCCAGAAUAAUGAGACAACAUACAAUCACCAAUUACUGAGAGGACCCACUUAUGCUGGUUUCCACCUACAAUGCCAGGUCUCAAUGAGUAUCACCUUCAGCACAGAGCAUCUCAGCACAAUAAAUCACAUGCAGUUUCAUAAAGUCUUGAACAUGUUCAUUUCACCAAAUGUUCAGUGCUUUCUCUCUAAGGCAGUGUUCAACAAAACUCAAGUGAAUAACCUGUGACAUUGCCGUAGCUACCUGCAUUCAUUUUCACAGAAAGCGAUGCACAAUACAGGCAAAUGUACUUACAGCUGUGUUUAUGUAACUAUCUGCCACCAGUAUCACACUCAAGUCUUUCUUGUUCAAAGUUUGCAAUUCUCCCGAGAUGUUAAAACACACCAGAUCUUAUACGGACAUUCUUGGUUUUCCUUACAUCCAGCAGUUACAAGCAUGACAGCAUCAGCAAUUGUUGAGAAGGUCAUGGAGUUCCUCUCUAACCAGACAUCACCCCAGCCACCUCCACUAUUGUCUAGACUUAGUCCCUCCCUCUGUUGCUAACUGCCAUCCUUACUGCUUGGGUGCUGCCAUGUAUUAACUCCAUUAUUCUGUAUCUGACCAUUUCCUCACCUUUCUCUGAUAUCCAUCCUGUGAGCUGCUCUAAAGUCAACAU